AUGCAGCUCUGGGACACUGCCGGUCAAGAGCGCUUCCAAUCGCUCGGUGUUGCCUUCUACCGCGGUGCCGACUGCUGCGUGCUCGUAUACGACGUGAACAACUCGAAGAGUUUCGAUACCCUGGAUAGCUGGAGAGACGAAUUCUUGGUUCAGGCCAGCCCGAUGGAUCCUGAGAGCUUCCCAUUUGUUGUCAUUGGCAACAAGAUCGAUGUGGAGGAGAGCAAAAGGAUGAUCUCGUCCAAGCGCGCCAUGACAUUUUGCCAAUCGAAGGGAGGUAUCCCGUACUUCGAGACCAGUGCUAAGGAGGCCAUCAACGUCGAGCAAGCUUUUGAAGUUAUCGCACGACAAGCUCUGGCACAGGAGGACGUGGGUGACUUCAGCAACGACUUCCCCGAGACAAUCCCGAUCGACCUCAAGGGCAGCGAAGGCGGUUGCGCAUGCUAG